AUAUAGUUUAUAGAUUAUUACAAACCCUAAUAGUAGAGGUGUCCAGCAAUUAUUGAAGCCUUUUGCAGGACUUUCUUCUUUUAACUAUUUCUUAACAUACAUUGCAUAUUCAAAAAAGCAAAAGAACAAAGCAAUUCAAACACAAACAUAAUAUUACGGUUUUCCAACUUUAAUUCCACUAACACACUCCUUUUUCCAAUCUCAAAAACAUCAAUGGCCCUACUACCCCCCUUAAAUCAAAAGCCUCCUUUUUUUUUUUUUUUUCCUUCUUUCUUUAACCUUCUCCAUGUCUCAAAUAUUUAAAGGAACUGAAUUUUCUAGUCCUAAUCCUUAUCUUCUCCCUUAAUACUUUGCUUCCAAAGGUUUUCCUUCCAGUUACUUGUCAAAAUAUGCUCUCACUUCCACCUCCACCCUCCCUACCACCACCACCACCAGAAAAGAAACUGCGAGAUGUUCCGGUCCCCCCCAACCGAAUUGUCAUAUCAAAGCAACCUGGAAUCCAACCAAGUUCAACAGCAGUAGACAUACCAAGUUCUGAAAGAAAAAGAUCGAGAAAGCAGCCGAGUCUCCAGCACCCUCGGCCUCGCCGGACUAAUCCUGUUGUAUGGUUUGGUGCAGUUUUAUGCCUCAUAUUUAGCCUUACCCUCAUCUUCUUUGGUAUUGCGACUCUAAUUAUCUAUCUAGCCAUCAAACCAAGGAGUCCUGUGUUCGACACUCCGAACGCGAACCUAAACAACAUCUACUUCGACUCCCCUGAGUAUUUCAAUGGAGACCUCACUUUCCUUGCAAAUUUUUCCAACCCAAACCAGAAAAUCGAUGUAAGAUUCGAGUAUGUGAGUAUAGAACUUUACUUCUUUGACAGACUUACAGGAAUUCAAACUCUACAACCUUUUACUCAGAGGCGACACGAAACAAGGUUGGAAUCAGUUCACAUCAUAUCAAGUUUAGUCUAUUUACCACACAAUCUUGGUGCAGAACUUCAAAAGCAGGUGCAGAGUAACAAAGUCAUCUAUAACGUAAGAGGAACUUUCAGAGUAAGAGCUAGUCUGGGUUUGAUCCAUUAUUCAUACUGGUUACAUGGAAGGUGUGAGAUAGAGAUGACAGGUCCACCUACUGGUGUUUUAGUAGCUCGAAGUUGCAAAACGAAAAGAUGAAGCAGAAGAUUUCUUUUUCACUUUUUGCUUUAUCCUACUUUGUCUGGAAUCAAAUCUAAAUACAAGGUUUUAUGUCUAAGUGUCUGUAAAGUUCAUGGUAAUUACAGUACAGGAUUGUAGCAAAUAUGGCCCCAAGGAUGUUAUCUGAAAUCUGAGACACAGAAAUCAGAGUCAUAUGAUUUUUCUGA